AUGGGCUCCUCCUCGGAGACCUUCUGCAACAUCAGCGGCCACAUCUGCACCGAGCGGCUCCACGUCCCGCAGCCCGGAGCCUCCGCCGGGAACCUGAGCGGGAACCUGAGCGGGAACCUGAGCGGGAGCAGCAACGACACUGACCCGUUCGGGCGCAACGAGGAGGUGGCGAAGCUGGAGAUCACCGUCCUGAGCCUGGCCUUCCUGGCGGCGGUGGUGGGCAACCUGAGCGUGCUGCUGGCCAUGUACCGGACCCGCAGGAAGCCGUCCCGCAUGCACCUGUUCAUGAAGCACCUGAGCCUGGCCGACCUGGUGGUCGCCUUCUUCCAGGUGCUGCCGCAGCUCUGCUGGGAGAUCACCUUCCGCUUCUACGGCCCGGACUUCCUGUGCCGCAUCGUCAAGCACCUGCAGGUUCUGGGCAUGUUCGCGUCCACCUACAUGAUGGUGAUGAUGACCGUGGACCGCUACAUCGCCAUCUGCCACCCGCUGCAGACGCUGCAGCAGCCCACGCAGCGCGCCUACCUGAUGAUCGGCUCCACCUGGGCGGCCAGCCUGCUGCUCAGCACGCCGCAGUACUUCAUCUUCUCCCUGAGCGAGGUGCACCCCGGCUCGGCCGUGUACGACUGCUGGGCGCACUUCCUGGAGCCGUGGGGCGUGCGCGCCUACAUCACCUGGACCACGGCCGGGAUCUUCCUCGUGCCCGUGGCCGUGCUCGUGUUCUGCUACGGGCUGAUCUGCAGGACGAUCUGGAGGAACCUCAAGUACAAGACCCGCAGGAAGAGCUCGGCUUCGGCUUCGGCUUCGGCGGCGGCGGAGAGCAGCAAGGCGGGCAUCCUGGGCCGGAACUCUGUGAGCAGCGUCAGCACCAUCUCCAGAGCCAAGUUACGCACCGUCAAGAUGACCUUCGUGAUCGUGGUGGCCUACGUGGUGUGCUGGGCGCCGUUCUUCACCGUGCAGAUGUGGUCGGUGUGGGACGAGACCUUCUCCUGGCACGACUCUGAGAACACCACGGUGGCGCUGUCCGCCCUGCUGGCCAGCCUCAACAGCUGCUGCAAUCCCUGGAUCUACAUGAUCUUCAGCGGCCACCUGCUGUCGGACUUCGCCGGCAGCCUCCCGUGCUGCCGACGGCUGAGGCACAAGUUCCACUACCAGGACUCGGACAGCAGCAUCCGGCGGACCACGCUGCUGUCCAGGCUGCAGGGUCCGAGGCUUUCGGAGCCCUUCAGGGACCAAAACCCGACGCCCAAAAGCUGCCUGCAGGCCACACCUGCAUCCUGACAGCAACGUCCGAAAACUGGUCGAAGGAAGGUAUGAGCUCAUCCGAGGGUGCGGUCAAAACAACUCUGUGUUUUCUUUGGUCUGAGUGGAAAGCUUUACUCCGUGGCAGCUUUCGGUGUUGGUUUAUUCACUCGUCAGCCCUCCACAGUGGACCUUUUGGGGGUUAGACGGCGUCAAAACAAAUCCAGCACCUUUAGCUAGUAAGAAAACAUGAAGAACAAUGUCUCGUUCCUUCGUCAGUCCACAGGUUCUGGAAAGGGUUUGGGUCAUUACCUUGUUGGAACACCAGAGCAUGAUGCUGCCGCCGCCAUGCUUGAGGGUAGGUUUGGUGUUCUAAGGGUUAAAGACCUCAACGUCUCCCCUCCAAACACAUUUCUGGUCAUUGUGGCCAAACAGCUGACAACAUCUAAAAGAAAGGUUGAAGGAAGGUAUGAUCUCACCCGAGGGCGCGGUCACACCUUCGUCUUGUUUUAUUUGGUCCGAUCCAGAGUGGAAAGGUUUCCUCUGUGGCAACUUCUGGUGUUUGUUUCACACAGAAAACAAGAUUUAUUGACUGUUCAGACCUUCACAGUCAACAUUUUGGGGGUUAGACGGCGUCAGAACAAAUCCAGCACCUUUAGCUACAAACAAAAUAUUAAGAGCAGCGUCUUGUUCCGUCAUCACAGUACACAGGGUCUUGAAAGGGUUUAAAUUUUUUGGGGAGACCAGACUGAAGCCUUAAUUCUAGCCUGAUGGAACCAUUUCUGAUGUGUGUUUGGAUCGUUGCCUUGUUGGAACACCAGAGCAUGAUGCUGCCACCACCAUGCUUGAGGGUAGGGCAGGUUUACUCCGUGGCAAUUUCACUCAAGAUUUAUUAACUCCUCAGACUGACAUUUGGAUGUUUUGAGGGUUACAACACAAAUCCAGUACCUUCAGUACCAAAUAUCUGAAUGUGACCAACUGGCUUUUAUAUGUUUAUGCGCUAUAUUCUGGUGCUAAGGGGUUGUUUUCUGAAGUCUGAAGCCUGAAUUUUCAGCUCACAUGGAUUACUUUUAUUGUACGCAGAACAAAAAUAUAAACACAGCAUGCAAAUGGUCUGUUCUGACCUAAAGAAAAAGUUAAAGACCUUAAUUUCUUUCUGACUUUGUGCGCCCACCAUCCACCCCGACCUCCUCCUGCCAAAUGUGGUGCUUUAUCCAUUCAUCAAAAACAGGAGUAGCUCACCACUUUACAGCGAGAAUAAACUACAGUAGGUAUGAAUAAUAUGAAUGUAUUUCGCUUUAAAUGCAUAAUUCUGCAUAUUUGCUUGGACGUCUGGUAUGAGUUUCAAUGUCUGAAGCAAGUUUACGAACUUAAGGAUGAGUCUGCUGUUCUUUAAUAUUUUUGUCAAAGCUGUUGUGCUUUUUUCAACCUCUGUGUUUUUAUCCUGGGACGCCACAGUUAAAAAAAUAUCUGGAUUUAUCCUGAACUGGUGCUUUAUGCAGCCCUUUAGUCAAAUGAGUCGUUUUUGAUCCUGUCCCUUUAAGGCCCCCCUCCCCUUCCCAGGAGCCCACUUUCGUCUGAUUGGUUAAAUCCCAGAAGUCUGCAGCCAAUCCUUGUUAGCAGCUUGGAGCAGAUGACCAUUGCACACUAAACAAAAACAUAAAGGCAGCUUGCAAAUGGUCUUUUGUAACUUAAA